CAUUUGACAUUCUCCGGCGGUUAUUUAGUGAAUUUCACAACAAAACUGCUAUGAGUACUUUUUCCGGGUUGUUCGAAGAGAUUCCGUUUAUUUCGGCAGAUAGAUUCGAUGGCGAGAAUUUACGGUCGAAAAUAUUCUUCCUCUCUCACUGUCACAUGGAUCAUAUGCGAGGACUGGAUAGACCUGAGGGUCUGCCAGGUCCAUUGUAUACCAGCGCCGUUUCGAGGGUCCUCGUCCGGAAACAGUUCCCAAAUGUGCAGGAUGUUCGCGUUUUAGAGAUUGGAUCUGCUGAGGAAAUAAGCUAUGAAUCAGAUGGGGAGGAAUAUCGAGUCGUCGUGACCGCUCUGCCGGCAAGGCACUGCCCUGGGUCGAUUAUGUUGCUGAUCCAAUACCGCGAGCUUAAAAUCCUGUACACAGGGGACUUUAGGUUAACAAAGGCAGAUUUAGAUUCAAAAUUCGCUUCUCUACGCCAACUCGAACCGGAUGUUGUGUACUUAGAUUCGAGCUUUUUAAAAAAAUGCUACCCAGAAUUUCCAACUCAGACUGAGAGUAUCAAAAAAAUUUGUGAUCUUAUUACGGAAUGGACAUCGAUCUCUCCUCAACACAAAGUUAUCAUUCGAAUCCCCGCCCAAUAUGGUUCUGAAUUUCUCUUCAUGGAAAUCGGACGAAAACUCAAACAGAAAAUCUAUGUAGCAAACGAACAACUUGAAAAGUACAUUUUCUUCCCAGAUAUGGACCAAUGCAUUUCUAGUAAUUUGAAAGAGUGCAACAUCUUCAGCCUUCAAAAGCACGAGAAAGGCAUGUUCGGAUCUUUCCAUUAUCGAAUUAUUCAACCUUCUGCGUUAUUCUGGAAGAAUUGGACACGCGGACAACCAAUUUGCAAAGAAGAAAAUAAAAAUACAAUUCGAGUUGCCUACUCGAGUCACAGCAGCUAUACAGAGCUUAAAGACUUCAUAGAGUUCGUCAAGCCAAAGAAAGUUCAGUUGAACGUUGUAUCAAAAAUGCCAGAAGAGAUGUAUAAGUGUUUGGACGAAAUUUUGGGAGAACUAGAACAAUCGAGUAAGGAACGUAAAGAGCCGGCGAUAGUCAAAUCUCGCUUCGACAAUUUAUUUAGAGUACCAAAUAGCGGAUAUAAUAGAAAAUAUGAGGAACCAAUUAGGAUGCCAAUUAAAAGAGUGAAAUUGUGAUAUUUUAUAUUUUACAUCGAUUUUUAUUUUAUAUUUACUUUUAUUUGCAAAAUUUUUUACCUUAGAAAAAUAAAUGUUUUUAACUCAAUGUA